CGAAGUGACCGGUUUCGGCUUAUAAAUUACCGGUCUGGUCUUAUAUAUUUGGUUCCAUGGCACCCAUCCGAACUACGUAGCAGUGUGACACGUCCCACAUCCUUCAUUCAGAUCUAACGUGCAGCGCCGUCCGACAUGCCUCAGAACAAGUUCCAGAGGACUUUCAUCAUCGGGUGUGGAUGCACUGCAUUUAUAAAGCCCAGAGCCACAAGGACAACGGAGGAUAUGGGACUUGAAGCAGGCACAAAGGCGCUGCUUGAUGCUGGUAUCACAUAUGAUGCUGUGCAAACUGCAUUUGUGGGUUACUGCUAUGGCGAUUCCACCAGCGGUCAGCGAGCUCUGUACGGCCUGGGAAUGACCGGGAUCCCCAUCACCAACGUGAAUAAUAAUUGCUCGACCGGGAGUACUGCCCUAUUCAAUGCAAACAACGCAGUGAAGUCAGGCCUGGUCGACUGUGCUCUUGCAUUGGGCUUUGAGCGCAUGAAGCCGGGUAGUCUCGGGUCCAACUUCCCCGAUAGGCCGCCACCAACUCUAUUAUUUAACAAGCGGACUGUCGAGCUCGAAAAGACCCUAAGCACCGGAACAAAUUCUGGUCCAGGUGCUCUCCGAAUGUUUGGUAACGCAGGGCAAGAAUAUAUGGACAAAUACGGUGCCGAAAUCAAACACUUGGCCAUGAUAGCCGCAAAGAAUCACGCACACUCCGUCAAGAACCCAUAUUCACAGUUCCGUGACGGAUGGACGGUCGAACAAGUCCUACAGGCACCUAAAAUCAAUGCUCAACUAACGAAGUUUAUGUGUAGUCCUACAUCGGAUGGUGCAGCCUGCUGCAUUGUUGCAUCAGAAGACUUCGUGCAUGCUCAUGGAUUAGAGAAUCAAGCUAUUGAAAUAGUUGCGCAAGGUCUUGAGACGGACGAUCCUGCUGCGUAUGAAAGUCAGAGCGCUAUGGAGGUGGCCGGUUACGGGAUGUCGAAGCGCUGUGCUGACAAAGUGUUCGAAGCCGCUGGCUUUGCUGACGGUCGAGGGCGUGACUUGGUCGGCGUGGUUGAGUUGCAUGACUGUUUUUCCGCAAAUGAACUCAUCACAUACCCUGCUCUUGGACUUUGCGCUCCUGACGAGGCACAUAAGAUGGUUGAAAGGGGAGAUAAUACAUACGGUGGCAAGUAUGUGGUGAACCCCAGCGGUGGUCUUGAAGCUAAAGGACAUCCACUCGGAGCUACUGGUCUGGGUAUGCAUUUCUAUAUCACAAUGCAAUUGCGUAAUUGGGCAGGACCUAUGCAAGCACCUGGCUUGUUCGACAUUCCGGACAAGCGGGGCAAAUUCGGUCUUGUUCACAACAUUGGUAUUGGAGGUGCAGCUGUCGUCAGUCUCCUCCGCAGACCCGAGUUCUACAAACCAGGAGGCAUCGACGGCAAGGCUAGGUUGGGGUACAACCAUGCUCAUGAAUGUCGGCCUGUUACGCUCGCAGAUGUCGACAAAGUUAAGUCGAAGAAAUCAUCGAAGUUUGUCCUUCAGCAUGCGAAGCUUUGAAGAUUACAUACCCGUGAAGUUUAUAACGUUUUUGUAUAUUUGUAUAUUCUUUGUCAAUCUGCAAUCAAGCACAUGUAGUCCAAGGGAUUUUCAAUGAAGC